AAAUCUAGCGUUCACGUCAAACUUCCCCGUAGAAAGAAAACGCAACUCUCCUUCCUUCUGAGAGGACAGCCCACCUCACACCACAUAGCCGAAAGCAUAGAGAGAUAUAACCCACCAACUCUAUGGAAAGAAACACCCACUCUAUCCUCUCUCUCUACGUCCAUUUGCCGAAGCCUCAGGAGGAAAGGUCCUAAAGUUUGGACAUCUGAAAAGCUGGGAGAAAGGAGAAGGGUGGUCUCAUUACCAAAUGGCUAAGAGAUCGGAUUUUGCACAGAAGCUGCUGGAUGAUCUCAGGUUGAGGAAGGAAAAGAUGGGGUUCGCGUCGUCGAGCCAACGGUCGACUCCGGCAACCUCCGGCGGGGCUUAUGUAAACUCUCAGAGGUCUUUUCGGGGUCCAGUAGAAGCAACCACAAACAAGUUUAGUGGCAAGAACAUGGCUGACACAGAGGUCACAAAAUUGUGGAUUGGUACCAGCAGACAUCACAAGACAACUGCUCAAGAAGGUGCUUCACGAGCCAUUGUUCCUGUUGGAAGAGCCACAAACACAGAACGCACUGUUGAUGUGUCAAUGGCUCUUGCCCUAGCCCUUAGCAAGACUGGGAAACUGCAAAACAUAGAACUUUUUACCAAUGCCACAGUUGGCAAUGAGCGUAUUCUGCACCGUGGAUCAAUAUCUUUCAGAGAAAAGAAUGGUCGGUAUAUGUCAGGCAAGAGGAAUUUAACAGAUCAAUACCCUUUCCUAUCCCAUCAACAAAUCAGCGAGAUAUCAAAAGGGGUUCAGAAGUUGAAUAAGAUCCUUGAAAUCUGCUCCAAUGGGCCAAAAUUCAAUAGGAAUUCAAUAGAACUUGGAAGGGAACUACUGAGAGGGGCAGUAGAUUUGGAGGGGUCAUUGAGAAUGCUUGUAAACCUGCUAGAAGCUUCAGACCACAUGGUUGGUUCUCAGGGAAAGCAUGUUAGAUUGUUGAAGGACAAAGAUGAAGAUGAGUCAUCCUCUAACACAACAAGUAGAAAGAAGUCAGUGAACAGGCCUAGAUUUUCUUCUGAUGGGUUUCAAGAGCAGAACAUCUUAGCGUUAUCUUACCCCAGAAAAUCCAAGACUGCAACAGAUUCUAAUAAAGGCUCCCCAAACCCUUCCAUGCAAUUCACUUCCCACAGGAAGUCCCUGAGUUGCGGUCCUGGUUUCAGACCUGAUGCCCAGUUUUCAGGCAUUACGAGCUCCAUCAGGGAGGAACCCAGGAGCACCUCAAGCGGUAACAAUUCCUCUACUCCAGAAACCAUCAAGCAGUUGGGUUCUAAAGGAAGUCCUGCAUGUGAGAAAGUGAGAAUACCAAACGUUGUUGCAAAACUGAUGGGCCUUGAAGAACUUCCGGUUCCACCACCCAAAGCAGAUGUGAAGAAUGGUGAAGCACAAAAGGUCCCCAAGUUGAAGAAGGAAACAGAGAUGGGUAAGACUUUAAUAGCAAACACAGGAGUCAGUAAAAAGGAAGUUGAUAUGAUGACAUCUUUGCAAAAGAAUUUGUUCAAAGCAGGUGGACAGAAGAAGGUUCCACAGGAAAAAGGCAUUAGGGAGGAUAAGGUAGCACAUAGCCAAGGCAAGACAAACUUAAAAAGUCUAACUGACAUUGAGAAUACCAGUCCAGCUUCAAAUUAUUUACCAGAGUCCAAUCUCAAAAUCAGUAAGCAGGCAGAUAUUGCCAACAUGGCUCACAGUAGAAAAGAUAGAGUAACCAAGAAAGAAGUGAAGGAAUCGAGAGAAAAUGCAUUCAUAAAGGAACAGAUAAGCAAAGUUAAAGUUGUACAGACCAUCCAUGAUGUCAAGAAACCAAUUCUAGUAAACCAGGAUGAUGCAGCUAGAAAGAAGGAUUCAUUCAAAAAAUAUGAGAUAAAUGUACAAGAUGGAUUUUCUGUUCAGAGUAAUAGCUCAAUAAAUGCAAAUGAUAAUGUACCAAAGCAUAUAUCUACAAUGCAUGGAGCGAAGUCCAAAUAUUCAGUUCAUGAUAGUGCCAUGGAAACAGACAAUGAUGCAGAAAACAAGCCAGAAACCACAAUAACAUUGAAGAGGGACCCGAAAUUGAAAAAAGCAGAAAAAUCUACCUAUGAAAUGAGCAGACAAAAGAUGUUAUCUGGCAGCACAGUCAUUACUGCAAGGAAAAGAAGUUCAUUAAAGAGUGCUACGAUAGAUAAACCAGAAGACGAUCCAAAGAGAUGUCAUCAAGGAAGACCAAAAAAGUGGAAUAGAAAGUCUACUUACCAUGAAGCGGAGAGGAAAACAGCCAGAGGGAACUUGGAAAAUAAAAAAAUCACGACGACAGAUCUAAGAAUUGAUAAAGAGAAGACCAUGCCUCCAAUUCCAGUGACUGCAAGGAAGACACCUGUGCAUAUCCCAACUGUACAAAAGGUGGAUACUACAGACACAACAGUACGUAGAGUUGAAAUCAACAGAAUAUUAGAGGACAGGUCUGAAAAUAUUGAAAACCCCAACGCAGAAGGCCAGCACUUCAAGGAACAAGCCUCAUUUUCAGAUGAACAGGUGCAUAGAUGGAAAGAUAGAACCAAUAAAGCUGAUGGAGCAAAAGUCGACAUUCAUGCAAUGAACUCAGACAAGCAUUUGCAGCAGCAAAUUGAAUCCAUCACCAUUUCAAGCACUAAGCACAUAGAUGAUAGCAAACAUACAACAAAGAUGCCAGAGAAGAGAUCAGCUGCAGAGACCAAUAGCUAUACUACCAUCAACUUAGCUACUGAUACCCAGCAAGCCCCACAAGUCUCUCCAAGUAAUGUUCCAGAACUACAACCUUUCAAGUCGAAGGGGAAAGAGUCAGAAGGUUCAAUUGAUAGCAGGGAAAUCAGCAGCAACUCUAACCUGUUAGAGUGGCCGACUCGGGCAGCAUCUGAAAUUGAUGGACAAGAUUCACUUACAAACAACCAAUUCCUCGUGCAAGUUCUAGUAAACAAUCAGCAUUUCCUCAACACUGUACAGGCACUUUUCAAGCUCAAGAUUCCAAUUGGUUUUCUCAAAGCCAAUGACAAUUCAUGCCCAGACAAAGAUAAUAAGCUUCUUUUAGACUGUGGAUAUGAAUUACUAAGAAGAAAGGGCAAAAGAGAAGAAGUAAUUUAUGCCAUGUCAAUGUCUUAUACACCAGUGAAAGUCAGACGCUUGGAUACAUUGAUUACAGAGUUGAAUGAUGAUCUUGAGAGUUUGAAGUUCCCAACCAACAUCGAGGACAACAAUUAUGACACUGCAGAAUUUCUGCAUGAGAUGCUUGAAAGAGAUAUCCAGAACAGGAAUCCAGAUGUCAACUGUAUGUGGGAUCUUGGCUGGAAUAGCAUGAUACUUGCACCAGUUGAAAAGGAUGAAAUCAUAAGAGAUAUGGAGAAGCAUGUGUUGAAUGGACUUAUUAAUGAGCUUGCUGGAGAUCUGAUGGAAGAAAGUAUCACCGUUUCAUAGAAAAUCUACGAAAAAUUUCUGCCACCUUACUUCUAGUAGUCAUGUCAGUAGAUCAAAUCUAUGUAUUGAGAAUCAACAUUACCGCAGUAACACAAACUACUCUAGAUGCAGAGAA